AUGCAGAUGUGGAUUUGUGUUUUGGGAGCGUGUUGUGAGGAGCUCUGUGGGGAAUCUGCAGUGUUCUCCCUCAUUCAGUUUGUUCGCCGGUGGAAGUCUCUGCUCUUCACUUCAACUCUUUUGUGUUUGAAGAAUCUCUCUUCUCGUCCUGGUCUGAACCUCCUCACUGUAUCAGGACAGGAGCACACACAGGGGAGGAGGGGGUUGGUGGGGGGAGUGGAGCCUGUGUGGAGCCUGUAUGGAGCCUGGCAGAAGGCCCAGGAUCAGUGUCUGUGUUUGGACCAGAGCCAGACUCAUCUCUGCAGCUCUGAGGACAGCUCCUGCACCUUCCACUAA